AUGCACAUCCUCGUUGUGAACGACGACGGCCCGCCGUCGUCUCAGUCCUCGCCGUACAUACAUUCUCUCGUCCAUACUCUUCAAUCCUCAGGCCAUGUAGUAUCCGUCGUGCUACCACAUAGGCAAAGAUCAUGGAUCGGUAAAGCCCACCUUGUUGGGGCGACUGUCAAACCGACGUAUUUUCAUCCCGGGACACUCUUCCAGGACGAUGGGACGGUGCACCCGCUACCGCGCAGCGAAGGGCGAGAGUGCAAAGAAGGAGACGAGUGGAUUCUUAUUGACUCGACUCCAGCGAGUUGCGUUCAAAUUGGCCUGUUUCACUAUUUUCAGGACCGAGGACCUGUAGACCUGGUGAUCUCCGGACCGAACUAUGGGAGAAAUUCUACGGCCGUCUUUUCUCUUUCUAGCGGCACUAUCGGUGGAGCAAUGGAAGCUGCGGUCUGCGGAUAUAAAGCAAUUGCUCUCUCCUUUGCUUUCAGCUCACGCGAUCACGACCCCGUCGUUAUCUCAGAAGCCGCGAAACACUCGGUUCGGUUGAUUGACUAUCUUUAUAAGAAUUGGACGGAUGGCGUUGACCUCUAUAGCAUCAAUGUUCCUCUUGAGCAGGGAGUUGGGUUUUCAAAGAUACUAUACACGAAUAUUUUAGACAACCGUUGGUCCGGGAGUUGUUUUGAAGCAAUUGAUGCUGAGAUGAGCGGCGAGGACCCGGGGUUACAGGAACACCUGCUCAGGCAAAAGGAAGGAAGCAAUGCAAACGAGGAUGCUUCAGGCUCCUCUUCCGCAAGAUUCAAACACAAACACUUCAAAUGGGCCCCGAAAUUCGGUGAUGUGUACAAGAGCGAGCAGACCAGCCCUCCGGGGAAUGAUGGUUGGGCUGUUAGAUCUGGCUUUACAAGUGUUACUCCCUUGAAGGCAAAUUUUAUGCAUUGGCCAGGCUGCUCUGGAGAAAUUACGCUGUCGAGUGAGAGUCCAAUGUUUUAUGCACUUGUGGAUUGUCAAGACGUCUAUGUGCAGCCUUUGGUCAUGGGGGCACUACAGAGACAAUUCAAAAGUGCCUCCUACAAAUUGAUAUCUUCGUUAUCAGAGCUGCCUGACCCUGCUUCUCUGGUCCUUCAGUACAGGGUAUAUGAAAAAUCUGACUUUGAACAUGUUCAUUCACACCCUUCAACAUCAUUGGUGAAUUCUUACAUCAUUCGUAAGGCGUUGAUUCGCAAGCAUUUUCUCUCAAAUACGGUUGCCAAUUGGAUAACCAAAUACCCAGAUAGCUUGCUUCGGAAGCAUUUCAAACCCACUAUAGAUUUUGAACUAGACUACGCCGAGUUUCUAGAUGAGGCUUUACUUGAAGCUUAUGAGCUACGUGAAAGCCUAGAGGCUAAUGAAGGGAAGGAUGAAUGUGAGAAGGAAUGGUGGAUAUUGAAACCCAGCAUGAGUGACCGUGCACAAGGAAUUCGCCUUUUUAAUAGUGAGCCGUCUCUCCGGCAGAUAUUCGAAGAAUGGGAGCCAGAGGAUACGGACUCUGAGGGAAACAUAAGAGAAGAAGAUCCUGGCAACGACAAAACAGAUACUGGGGUUGUUACCUCUCAACUACGGCAUUUUGUUGCACAGCCCUACAUUCUUCAACCCCUAUUGCUACCGUCAGCCUCAAACCGAAAGUUCCAUAUCCGAGUUUAUGUUUUGGCCGUUGGAGCUCUUAAAGUCUAUGUGUAUAGAGAGAUGCUCGCCCUUUUUGCCGACAAAUCCUACGUUCCUCCAUGGGAGAAGGAGGAUGAGGACGAAGGCGAGAUCGCAUAUCUGAGCCGUCAUCUAACGAACACAUGUCUCCAGUCCGAUACUACGGGCCAUGAUGCCGCCCCUGAUAAUGUUCGGCGUUUUUGGCAUCUCGAUGAUAUGGGCGCUUCAAUAGAGACGGGGUGGAAAGAGAGGGUAUACGAUCAAAUAUGCGCUGUCACAGGUGAAGUUUUUGAAGCAGCUGCUCGAGGCAUGAUGGUUCACUUUCAGCCAUUACCCAAUGCAUUUGAGGUGUUUGGAGUAGACUAUCUAGUCGAUAAAACCGGGAACGCUUGGUUGCUUGAGCUAAAUGCCUUCCCCGACUUCCGGCAGACAGGAGACGAGCUGAAAUGCGAAGUCGUAGGGAAACUGUUUGAUGGGGUUGUAGAGCUCGCAGCGAAGCCGUUCCUCUGCCCGACUGAGAAGGGCAAUGCAGCAGACGAGCAGACCGUUUCUCGGUUCCGAUUGGUGGCCGAGCUCAACAUGGGAAUCAAGUGA